GAGAGAGAGAGAGAGGGAGAGAAAAAGAGUGAUAAGAAGAAAUUGUGUGGAUAGGCAAAGAGAAAUCGCCAGCGAGCGAAAAGAAAUUUCGAGUAGGAGUGAUAUUUGAAAGAGUAAGAGAACGCGCGCGCGGCGCGAUGGUACGGGGUGGCAGCGAGCGGAGGUGAUAUUUAAACGAGGACGGAGUCUCAGAGGGAGAAAGAGAGAGGGUGCCAGUAAUAUCCGAAAGAUCGGAGUACGUCAAGUGAAAACACGAUGUAACACGUCCGUAUAUUUUCUCUUCCCAGAUAUGAAGCGAGGUGCGAAUAUCUUGUAAAGUGUGACGUGAAUAAUUUAGUUUCGCGGAAGAGAAAAAAUAUAUAUUCUCGAGAAAAAUUUCGAGAGAGGAAGCUACGGCCUCUUGUGAAUCUCACGUGUGAAGAUCACGUCGGGAAGAAAGUUCAAAAAAAAAAAAAAAAAAAAAAAAUUCGACAGCAGAGAGAGAGAAGAGCCGGAGUUCGCACGCUUAUCUUCGAUGUGUGAAUCCAAAAGACUUCGAGAGACGUCGAUAUCCGCGAGCGGAAGAAGAGAAUCGCGAAUCGAUUACUAGAAAAUUGUUUGCAGCGGAACGCGACGCGAGACGACCACAAAGCGAGUUCGAAGUGACGAGCAUCGAGUGUGAUCAAACGGGCGAGGCUUUUGCUCUCGAGCCACGGCUCUUCUUGCAACUCGUUCUGUUACGAGGAACAUUGAUAUUUUGUAAACUGACAUCGGCGAAGCAUGAUACGCGCGCGCUCGACAAGCGUCACGAGCGCGAGCUGAUCCCGCGAGUCCGGGUGUUCGUGGCGAAAAGGUAACACAAAUACCGAGAAACACGCUGAGGAAUGGAAGCAUGAUUCCCGUGGCGCGGGUGCGACGUACGCGACGGAAAACCAGACGAAGAGCAUCCUGAGACCGAACAAAGUCUGGCGGCGGCUCCUGACCGGGAGCGGAGAUAUGGAUGCCCGCGAGGAUGACAGGGUCGUCGUGGUCGGUCGAUCGCGAGACACGAAUCUGUUGACUUAACCCCCCGGUGGUCUCUGGAGAACCAGGGGGGCGGCGGGUGGUGGCGCAAUCUCUCUCGGCAUGUGUGUCCGGCGCGGAGCCGAAGAACGAGAUCGUACUUCCGCUUCGCGAGUUGCGCGUCACGUGGGGAUUCCGUUCGGUGGAAUUAUCGUCGUGUGACGUCACAUAGUCAUCCGUAAAUGUCCUCGAGACACGAGGACUCGGGCCCGUUGUUGCAGUGCGUCGCGUCGUCGGCGAGAUUCGAUCACUUCGCACCGAUUUUUCCCGACGUUUACCUCUCAGUAGCAUGUGCGUGACUUCAACGUGGAAAGACAAUCGCGGCAGUACAGCCCCGAAGAGAUCCGGUACCGAGGGUGGUGCGAACCUGUGCCCCUGGUACGGUACCGUUUCCUGAAGGACAAGGGCGUGUGUGCGCGUUGUGUUGUUCGAUCGGAAGAAGAAGAGAAAGAGAAAAAAAAAAAAAAGAAAAGAGAAACAACACGGCAAACUCGAAGGUACCCUUCGUGCGGUGGUGGUACCCGCGGCUGAGUGUCUCCUCGAAUCGUAAUCCGCCUCUUGUGCGAGGUGCUCGCGCGCACCAUAUAACGAGGCGUGCGAGAACAGCUGUGCGAAUCGGUAUCGAGCGAUACCGUCGAAGGAUGAGACAAUCUCGCAGAAUAUCCUGAGGAAUAGCGAAAGAGUAUACGCGCUUCGGUCGUUGGACAAUGAGCGACUGGCCGUCGUCGCGGUGGAGAUGACUACCAGGUUAGUGGCUCGUCCCGAAGACGACGACGACGACGACGAGGUCCACGAAGAAGAACGAGACCCGGCCGUGGGCUAUCACUGCCACUGAUAGAGUCGGCAUCAUCCCGUCGCAGCUCACAUCGAUGCCGACCGCCACAUCCACGAAACGAGGAAUGGGGAGUGUCGGCAGCAACGUGACAGGGACGACGACGACAGAUCCGACGACGUUCCUGCCAGAUGCAACGCCGACUCUGAGCGAGCGCGAACAGCUCAAAAUCGAAUUCUACAAGACGUACGACGUCAUGACAGGAGUGCGAAUCGCUGCGACCCUCGGCGGCUUCUUCAGCUUAAUGGUGUUACUGGUGGUUUACAAAAGCAGAUGCAAAGCGAGCAAGCAAUUGGAAGACCCGGCGUUGACCGCUGCGGCAGCCGCGGCGGUCGCGGAAGCCGAAGCCGAAGAACGAGCGCUCGCCGCCGCUCUCGAAGCGAUCGCCAGGUUACCGCCCAGGCCGGAUCGUGGGCCAAGGAGAUCGUUGUGCGUCGAGGUAAAUCCGAAACAUAUAAUCUGA